AUGUUUAAUGCCUUUACAGGUUCCUCUGGAUCUCACGUACCUCCCAUUGGCAUUCAGCCACUUACCGGUGAAAACUAUGCUUCAUGGAAAGAUCAGUUAGAUCUUACUCUGGGGUACUAUGACCUGGACUACACCAUUCGUCAUGAUGAACCCGCUGCCAUUACUGCAACCUCUACUGCAGAGCAGAUAGCGGCAUUUGAGAAGUGGGACAAGGCGAAUCGCUUGUCACUUAUGACGGUCAAGAGCUCUAUUCCUCUUGGUCUCCGAGGAGCUAUUCCCGAGUCUGAUAAAGUGAAAGAUUACCUCAAAUCUGUUAAGGAUUACUUCAAGGGAUCGUCUAAAGCUCAUGCAAGCAGCUUAAUGCUAAAGAUGCUUACUCUGAAAUACGAUGGAAAAAGCGGUGUCCGUGAACACAUAAUGAAAAUGAGCGACAUGGCGAACAAGCUUAAGACUCUCGAAAUGGAAGUCUCUGACAACUUUCUUGUGCAUUUCAUAAUGACAUCAUUGCCUGCUCAAUUUGAUGCCUUCAAGAUUAACUACAAUGCUCAGGAUGACAAAUGGAAGAUGAAGGAAGGGUAA